AUGCGUCGGUUCAACAUAGCCUGGCUGCCAGUGUGGCUCGCCAUGUCCAAGACGAUGACGAUGGCCGUCGAAGUGCCAGAAACAGUACCGGCAUUGCUCGCCAUUAUCCCACAAUGUGCGAUGUCCUGCGUGAUGGACACAAUACAAGUAGGAAACUGCAGCAUCGCCUCGAUCAAGUCUCUGGAAGAGUGUGUGUGCCCGAGCAUUGCCCUGCAGUCGGCGCUAUCGGACUGCGUGCAACUGAGUUGCCACUUUGAGGACCAAGUCAAGGCCGUCGGCGUCGAGGCUGCUGUUUGUGCCGCCUAUCCCAAGCCGUCGAGGUCCAAGCAGGUCAAGACGAUCGCCAUGGUGUUCACGAUAGUCACGUUUCCCAUCGUCGGGCUUCGCUUCCUUUCCCGAUGGACGGCGACCUCGGGCUUCUGGUGGGAUGACUGGACCGUCUUGGCUGCCAUUGUCUUCUUGGCCGGCCUCGCGGGCAUCGAGAUUGCCAGUGCCGAGCUGGGUUUCGGCAUGCACUACUGGCACGUCACGCCCGAGAAUGGAACGAUUCUGUUGCAGCUCUUCUACGCGGUGCAGAUGCUGUACAUCCUGAUCCAGGUGUUCGCCAAGAUGUCGAUUCUCCUCUUCUUCUCUCGCAUCUUUCAGGUGCGGUGGUUCCUGGUGACGGUGCGCGCCUUCAUCGCCUUUCUCAUAUUGCAUGGGCUGUUGUUCGUGCUGCUCGUGGCGUUCCAGUGCAUGCCCGUGUCUUCGGUAUGGGACCGGAGCAACGACAACCGCACAUGCAUCAACAUGACGGCAGUCGGUUACGCCGGCGCAGCCUUUAGCAUCAUCGAAGACCUCGUCAUCAUGGCGCUGCCGAUACCCGAGUUGUUGAAGCUGCAGUUGACGAAGAAGAAGAAGAUUGCGCUGGCCAUCAUCUUUUCCCUGGGCUCUUUCGCCUGCGUCACCAGCAUGAUUCGACUCAAGUACCUCGUCAUGUUCAUGGGCACAUUGGACACGACGUGGGACAACGUGGACAUUGUCAUCUGGUCGAUCAUUGAGAGCUUCUGCUGCAUCUUGUGCGCGAGCCUGCUGGCGCUACCACCGCUGGUGCUCAAGCUGAGCAAGUUUGUCCGGCACCACUGGUCGCAGAUGUCGACCCGAGCCUCCUCGACCAACAACAACAAGUCGCGGCAGUCGACGCUGAGCAUCCCGGGCUCCAAAGGCUUCGAGAAGAUGCCGCGCUCGCCAGAGGAAGGCGGGUAUCCCAUGUCCCCGCUCUCGCCUCAGGGCAACGACAAGCGUGUGGACGCCAUCACCAUCUCGGACGGCUUUGACUCGGGACGAGAUUUGGAAUCGUUGAGUAUCGACAGGCGAGUCUGA